CUAGCUACGGGGGCACUUUUGUUUUAAUUCUCCUUGAUGCAGGUGACUGUGAGAGUUUUAAUGAUUGACAGGGCACUGCGGGGUCUAGUGGAUACGUUUUAAGAGGACCGUCGGUACAAAGUUAAGGUUUUUUGGGGAAGUGCGGAGCAGAUGGAGGAUCCUCCUGCAGACUCUGGCGGCGGUGCUGGAGCGGAGGGGCCCGCGGUGCAGGUGGCAGACAUAUGUUGGCCGCUCGAAGCUCACCCUCUGCGGCUCUUGGAGUGGAAAGUUAAACCUGGGACCCUCGUUAACGUGGACUCCGUGCUAGCACUGUGCGUUCCUAUACCUCCAGAGGAGAAGGGAGCUGCCAGACUGCCAGAGAAGAAGGUGAAGUCGGACCGUGCUGGAGUAGUCAAGGAGCUAUGCUGUCAACUCGGACAGGUCAUACCUCCCGGCGGGGUCAUCAUCAGAAUAGAAGAAUGCAGCCAUCCGAUAGUGAUGAAGGGUUUGUGCGCCGAGUGCGGCCAGGACCUGACUCAGCUGCAGAACACAAAUGGGAACCAGCAAAAUCCCAUCUCCACAGCAACAGUCUCCAUGGUGCACAGUGUGCCUGAGUUGAUGGUCAGCUCAGAGCAAGCAGAACAGCUGGGCAGAGAAGACCAGCAGAGACUCUAUCGGAACAAAAAACUGGUCCUGAUGGUGGAUCUGGACCAGACGCUUAUCCACACCACUGAACAGCACUGCCAGCGUAUGUCCAACAAGGGCAUUUUCCACUUCCAGCUCGGGCGAGGAGAACCCAUGCUCCACACUCGACUACGCCCGCACUGCAAGGACUUCUUGGAGAAAAUCGCCAAACUCUACGAGUUACACGUCUUCACAUUCGGGAGCCGCCUUUAUGCACACACCAUCGCCGGUUUUCUGGAUCCUGAAAAGAAGCUUUUCUCUCAUCGCAUCCUUUCCAGAGACGAGUGCAUCGAUCCUUUCUCCAAGACGGGGAAUCUUAGGAAUCUUUUCCCUUGUGGGGAUUCGAUGGUCUGCAUCAUCGACGAUCGAGAGGACGUGUGGAAGUUUGCACCUAACCUCAUCACUGUGAAGAAAUACAUUUACUUCCAGGGCACAGGGGACAUCAACGCUCCGCCAGGAUCACGGGAAGCUCAGAUUGCCAAGAAAGGAAGCACAUCAAGUCGGCCGGCAGAGAGCACAGAAUCGGCGAAGACACCUGGCGCUGAGGAGCAAAAUAAUGGCCUCAGGAAAAAGGCGAAGGACAUUUCUGGAAAGGAAGAGUCCUCAACAUCUCAGUCUUCUCAGGGAGUACCAACAAAUGAACGGACACAUCCCACAGGGGUUGUAGAGGAUGAGGCACUCCAUAGUAAAGGGUCAGAGAAUGAGGCAGAAUCUGAGGUGGGGUCAAAGGAAACUCAGGUGGGUGACAACCAAACAAAUAUUAAGGAAGAUGAUAGCAACAGGACACGAGAGGCACAGGACAGUGUAAACUCAUCAGUGCCAAGUCAUGAGUCAAAUAACCUUGACUUUGACCUUUCUAGUGACAGUGACAGUGACUCCAUAAUAGAUAAGCCUCCCUCAUCAGAGAGUGACGGUGAAGGUAAGUCUUGCCAGACAAAGAAACCUGGGCAGGAAGGAUCCACGCAAGAGGCCGGUGAUGGGGACGGGACUAAAGAAGGAGACAGUAAAGGUCGGAGUGAAGGAGAAAACAGCUCUGACCCAGCAGAACCUUCAGGAGUUCUGCUCCCAGACCCUGAGCUGGGAAAUGGCUGCUCAGAUAAGAGAGAGCCAGAAACAGAGUCACAGAAUAGUGAACAAUCUGGGGUAACCAUGGGGGAGGAGCUGCUGGACCAGAGUAUGGAGGACGAGGAGGAAGAAGAAGACAACGACCAAGACGAUCACUUGAUCUACCUGGAGGAAGUGCUGGAAAGGAUCCACGCUGAGUACUACACCCGUUACGAAGCCCACCUGAAGAAGGAAUCCUCAGAAACGCUGGACAUCCGCAAGAUUGUCCCAGAGCUAAAAAGCAAGACACUGGAGGGCACAACGAUAGUGUUCAGCGGCCUGUACCCAACCAACUACCCAAUGGAGAGGACUCGUGAGUACUACCAUGCCAAGGCACUGGGGGCCAAGAUUGGCAAGAAUCUGGUUCUUAGCUCCCAAGAUCCCAGUUUGACGACGCAUCUCAUCGCAGCAAGAGCUGGCACCGAGAAGGUUCGUCAAGCGCAGGGCUGCAAGCACCUCCAUGUCGUCAAUCCCGACUGGCUAUGGAGUUGUCUGGAGCGCUGGGAGAGGGUGGAGGAGCAGCUCUACCCACUAAAGGAGGACUACUCCAAGACACCACGGAGCAACAGUCCAGCAGCUUUCUUUGACCACCAGGGCUCCGUGCAUAAACAUCUUUUCCAACCAGCUCCCAUCCACAGACCUCAACCUGCAGCCCCGGAAGUUCGGACUUAUGACCCCGUAACAGGGAAGCUGAUCCGCAGGGGCCCUCAGGUGUCACGGUCAUCCUACCUCCAGGCGUCAGGGUCUAUGUUGCUCUCUGAUCAUAGAGAGCAGUCUUGUCUCAGGGGAACUUCAAAGAAUCAGCAAGAUGAGGCUGCAGGGUCCAGCCAAGACGACGAGCAGCCUGGGCCGUCUCGUCGAAAACGACAGCCGAGCAUGUCAGAAUCGAUGCCUCUGUACACACUUUGCAAGGAGGAUCUAGAGAGCAUGGACAAAGAGGUGGAUGACAUCCUAGGCGAGGAGAGCGACAACGAGAGUGAGGGGCGAGGGAAGGAGAAACCAGGUAAUGAGGAGGUGGAGGAAGAAGAGCAGCAGCAGCAGCAACAGCAGCACCAGCAGCAGCCAGCAUCUAAACAGAUAAGAGGAGGGGGGCUCGGUCCUCAGGUGCUGAGAGUGGAGGAGACGAUCCAGGAAACAUCCAGUGAGGCCACUCUGCCAGCUAGUGUGCCAAGGGGCCACAAACGAAAGCACGAUGAUGCCAAAGAAGAGGAGGAAGAUGCGGACGACGACAUGGAGGACAAAGAGAAGGAGGCAGACUCUGCCGACGAGUCCUCUAAAGAGUCCAACGAGGAAGAGGAGGGCAGCAGCUCAGAAGCGGACGAGAUGGCUGCCGCUUUGGAUGCAGAGCUGAAUGACUUUAUGUGAAGGGACUCAUUCAUUGGUAAUGGACAACAAAAAAAGCCCCCGUCACCCCUUAAAGUGGUACCUAAAAAUCCUAUUUUCACCACUUUGGAAUCCGUGUGUACGUAGGAUGUAUGAGCCAUGAAUGUGUGCUGUAAUAAAAAUGAAUGUCCUGUACAGAAAUGACAUGUUGCUGUGUAAAUAAAGGCUUAGAUUUUUUUGUAGCAUUGAUAUACAGUAUAGCCUUUUUGGCAUAAAACACUUUGAUGUUAACAUUUUAUUGUGAGAUAAAAAACUGUAGGAAGCAUUAAAUUUGAUACUUUUUUUGUUUUACUUUUUUCUAUUUCAAUUUUUAUAUUGAUGACACACACAAAAAAAAGUUAAAAUUAUAAAACCUUAAAUUUUUUGCUGGUCGUACAUGCCAAAGAGUUUGGAAUAGGUUUGCCAAGGCGUGCAGCUAAAUGUUUUACUCUUGACUUCCAGUUUUAUUUUUCUGUCGGCCUCCUUUUUUAAGGGUCAUAAAUGCAACCAGCGGAUUUAGACAUCUGAAUGUGUUUUCCUCAGUCGUAUCUUCCUCAUCAUAGUGUUUGUACAUUUGAUAACAUGUCUUGUGAUACAUGGUCCCAUGAACUGAACUUUAAUGUUUUUCAUAUAGCAACAGGUGUAAGCUCUGCUUUCCUUCGUCAGACCACUUUGUUAAUAUAGUACAGUUUACUGUAGAAAGGGCAGUCACAAUUUAGACCUAUGGUUAUGUACACUGGAGCAAAUAACCUGCUAAAUGCUGUUGUCUUAAAGGAACAGUGCAACCCAAAGGACAAAAAGUUAUUUUUUUCUCACUUACUUUUGAUGGUAUCUAGUUGAUUUUAUCUGUAGGUUCUGAAAUGUGUCUUUAAGAUUUCUCUCUGAGGCAAAGAAAAAAAAAAGGAAAAAAACCCUAAUUCCCCUGUGGCAUUUAGGGGGGGGGGGAAAUAAAACACAGGCAUAAUGGGAAACAACUUCAACAACUGGACAGCACAUACACGGCAUUAAAAAACUUAAGCAAAUAGAGAAACACUGCAAGUUUCACAGUUAACAUUUUCAUGACAUUAUUGGAGAUAUUAACUAAACAGUAAAAGUCCACUACUAGCACGUUCAUCAUCUAGUUGUGCAUGACAGUGUUACUCUAUGCUGUGAAUAUGUCAGCAUAUUGGCAAAUCUUUCUCUGCUUGUUUUUCUUAUUUGAGGUGUAAUUUUCUAAAUGUAUGUACAGUAGCAGUCAAAGGUUUGGACACACUUUCCCAUUGCCUUGAAUGAGAAAGCGUGUCCAAAUUUUUGAAUUGGUACUCUGAAGGAUUUUUUCCUCAUUAGCAUGUGCUGUGUGUAUUUUGUUCUUUAACUGCAGGGCAGUGAGCUUUCUCAGGCAUUCACAGCACAAAAAAUAUUAAAUUUCAAAUGUUCAACUGCAACAUAUUCUUCCAUAAACCAUGUCCUUUGUCACAUAGUUGAAUAAUUCAUAGACCUCACUGUCAACAGUCUUUGUUGGGACUGUUUCUUAGCUGAAAGUUGAAUUUAAAGUAGUGCUUUUAAUGCUGUGAACAUCACCAAUGUUAUUCUGUUAACCUCCAUUUUAUUAGGGUGGCAGCUGAAAUCUGUGUGAUAAACAUCUUAAAACCCUGGCAAACAAUACUUAAAACUAAGUGCAUUGCGAGAUACCGUCAGUGGUAAGUGAGAAAAUACAUUUUUGCUUAUUUUGGGUGAACAGGCCUUUUAACACUAGACUACGCAAGCUGUUUACACACAAUGAAAAUACAUGUAUGAAAUCAGCCUAAAUUACAAAUUCACGUAUACGUUUACUUCAAACAUUUUGCCAAGUUUCACAUGUCUGUCCACAGGAAGGACAGGACUCACCAGCAUCUCGUUGUCUUUUGGUUUAAAGCAUCACAGACCUGUCUGGCUGGUACAUAUGACUGUGCUGUGUGCGCUUUACUGACAACACACAUCACAGUCUCAUCCUUGCCAAGUACAACUUAAACGGAGCAUAAAAUUUGUACCUAGGUUCACAUUCACUGUGAAGUUUGGCAUCAUUUUAGAGCCGAUAGCACCGAGUCUGUUUUUCCCUUAUUCAAAGGAGUUGUAACUGGUGAAAGGUCAUGCUUCCAUUGCUUUUAGGUUAUCAGAAUAAUUAAUAGUAGGUAAUAUCCCAAGGCAGGAGUGCAGCUGUGUGUUUAGAUCUAUGUCCUAUGUAGGUUUUACCAUCAACAUCUUUCUACACCACUCACAACAUACUUUUUUUUCUCCUUUGCAGUGACAGUCAUCCCAUUUUUCUUCCUUUGUCUAGUGAUGGUUUUAUCAUGAGUUUUCAAUCAAACAACCGACGUGUAAAGUAUAAGUCUAUUUCCUACUUGACCCUGAGAGAAAAGAUACUUUGUAUUAAAGAUGUUGUUUAU